AUGUCUGCAUUUUAUCACUUCGGCGCCCACCAACAACACCCAACGCCGGCCACGGCUGCGGCCGUAUCCCACAACCACCAUGGGGGCCGGAAUCGCCGCGCACCCAGGCUAUCAGUGGCUCAAAAUCCGCAAAAACAAUUUCGGGGUGUUAGGAGUAUGAAGGAGUUGACCGAGACCGCCAAUCUCUCCGCUUUCCGCGUGCGCUUUGAGGCUGGCCGUUCGUUUGAUCUCGAGGACGACAUGGAGUUUUGCCCGGGCUUGCUGACCGAGAGCGAUCUUGUCUCGAUUCACAGCUCCUCGUCCGAGCGGUCCUCAUUGGCGAGCAACUCGCCGCAAGGUUCUCCCACUCAACAGCCCACCCAGGUCGCGUCGGGCUUUACGUUGCACUCCUCGUCGCCUGCCUUCAUCCCGCCUUCGUAUCAAAGCCAACACGCCGGCCUGAAACUACACCAGCCUUCUGCGACCCGCGCUCGCAACGCCAUUCCCAUCGUCAACCCUGCUACCGGUGUUUCCAUGUCUAGCCCGCCUCCCUCGGUGUCACCCGCCAGGAUGCAACAGCCCGUCGGCCGGCGGUGGUAA